AGCCCUGACCUGACGCGGUGCUGUGAUUUGAUGGAUGAGAUAAGUCAAAGUAUUUUCUGAAAUUGAUUUUUUUUUUAUUGAUUUCCUGGUUAUCUAAACAUAAAUGGUUGAUUCGAAAUAAAACCACUCACGAUAAGUUCAUAUUGGAAGAUUUUGUCAAAUAUUUUCCACAGAUAAUGAUGGCUACAUAACAUAAUGCUUUGUUUGUUUUGAUACAAUCUCAAUCGCAUUGAUUGGUUAAUUGUAUUAUUCCUUUUACAAAAUAUAGUGCAUUUUAGUGAAAUUUGCGCGAUGGGGUGUUUUCAAAGUAAGAAAGAUUCAUCUGAUAUUCACCCGAAUGUUUUCCGAGUGGUAAAUAUAGAUACGAACGGAGUCGAACUUUGUAGGGGUCAGCUGGAGAUUUCAGAGUCUGAUGUUAUCUUGUAUAGAAAAGGAAGAGAUUCUACUGUUUGGCCGUUGCAUUCUGUGCGUAGAUAUGGAUUUCGGGAAGAUCUUUUUAGUUUUGAAUCAGGUAGAAGAUGUGAAACAGGAGCGGGUAUCUUUGGUUUUAGAUGUCGAAGAGCAUCUGUAAUAUUUAAUACUCUACAGCAGCAAAUAGAAUUACGUAGUGCAAUACAAGAUACUUUGCCUUUUCCUGUAUCACAAAUAAGCCCAGCACCACAAGCGGGACAAACUUUGCAGGUUAGCAUUAUUCACUGCACAUCAGUUGACAACAGCCAGCCCGAGUUAGUGCUUGGCCAGUUACUGAAUAAUAAUUUUACUAACAACAUUCCAAAUUCAGCUGUCCGUUCUACACAGUCCCCUCGGUCACCUUCUAGUGUAGACAUCUUGGAAGUUAUGCCUCUUUAUCCGCGAUCACAGACAAACACCAAUCAUGUUACUAAUGUUUAUCAAAUGAGAGAGUUAAAAAGAGAACAUAAUAAUAAUACGCAAGCAGAAAAGUCAAAUCCACAGCAUUUAUACAGUAAUGAUCUGAAUAGGGACUUAGCUAUUCUGAGGAAUAAUUUGCGGCAAGAGGCAGCUCUGAAUACAAUGAGAGAUAUUGAAGAUGAAACAAUAUUUUUAGAAAACAGAUACAUAAAUGAGAAUUUAGCAAAAAAGUUAGCAAAGAAUCUUAUGUCUCCAACUCUAAGCAAUUCUAGCGAACAUUAUGCUGAACUUAACAUUGAACAACAAGAGAAUAAGCUGCCAGAAGCUGCUAGGCUUUACAUGAAUAUUUUGUGUGAUGAAGCCAACUUGAGUGACGACAGCGAUGAUUCGUCACACUCAUCCUCCACUCCAACGACACUAAAACCUUUACAAUAUUGUAAUCUGUCUGUUGGCAAGAAAGUAGAAACAAACACGUAUGCAAAUUUAUCCCUUGGCGAUAAAGGCGACAGCAUCAAGGUGAAACAAUCUUCAGUGUCACAACAUUCUGAUCAUAAUCAGAAGAUUUCUGAAUCAGACACACUCACUUCAACAUCUCCAGAUGAAGAAUUGGAGGUAAAUUAUGCAGUUUUAGAUAUUGACGCGAAUAAGGAGCAGGUGAAGGCUAGUAAAGAAUCUGAUUUUUCCGAGACGCAGUUGUCCAGUUCGCGCAAUGAGAGUGCGCCGUCGUGUUCUUCACAGCCAAGGAGUCGUCUUAUUUCGCAGGGCAGCAUGGAGAAGUCUACUGGCACAAUUACGUCGCCAUCAGCCACGAUAGGGUACACGACCAUUGAUUUUGAUAAAACGGUGGCACUAACAUCUGUAGCUGCCGGUGCGGAGAUGGAUGCCGAUGGCCAAAGGAAAACGAGACAUGAUUCUUGUAACGUCUUCUGUGGCAGUCCAACCAGCGUUGACAAAUGCAAGGGCAGUAAUAAUUAGUAAAAUAAAAAAUAAUUUGCAUAAUGUAGAGUAAUUUAUAAAUGUUGCCAAAGAUUCAUGUAUGUUGUAAUAUAAAUAAAAAUAGAAAAUGCUUACUUACACUUAUGUGGUUUAGAAAGCUCACUUAGGGUUUCAAUGUUAGCUGGAAUAAAGUUAUCCUGAGCUAAGUAAUACUCUGCUCAGUAUUACAAUGACAUGGAAAGAACAUAGGUGACCAAAGAUUUUGAAUUAUGAUACACAUUAUAAAAAUGCAUUAGGGUAUUGAAAAAAAUAUUGCCCAGGUGACAGUAAUGUAAAGUUUGCAACUGGGAAUAUGCAGAUAUGAAAGACUGAAUAAUCAAACAAGAUUUAUAAAUUUUGAAUAAUAAAUGUGGUAAUUCUUAUCAAUGAUUGUCGUACUAAACUGCAAAUUUUUGAUAAGUUGCAAAAGUUUGCUUAUUAAAUGUUAGGCAAAGCACACCUUCCACAUUUAGCCAAUAAGAUUUUGUCAAAGAUUAAGCAAGUGCAAUGUUCUUAUAAUGGUGUAAGCCAAAUUCAUUAAAAAAUUAAAAAGUUGCAACUUAUAGUUCUCUUCACAACACUAUUAUGAGGGUAAUUUGUAGAAUUUUGUAAAAAUUAGCUAUAUGUAUAUCAAACCAAAAUGUUAAUUAUUUAGAUUAUGUCACUUUAAGUAAAAGUGAAGCUCCUAAACCAAGACAAUCAGAUAAUUAAGAAAAAGGUAAUUAUUUAUCAAUUGUAACGUCUCUAGUUAGACUAAAUAUUUUCGUACAACUUAGUAAGAGCAUUGUAAUAUCCUGGGGAUAAUCCUAUUUAUUUAAUAGAAUUCAUGACAAAAGAAAUAUUAUUAUCAAAAUUGAGUGAAUGAUUUAUACGAAAAUGUAUAUCCUUGUUGAAUGGAUAAAAAUUUAAUGUCUAGACCUAAAGUAAAUACCAAAGUUAGCCUAACAUAACGAAUUAUGUUGUAUAAGUGUAGACUGAAAAAAUAAUUUUUGCCAAAUAUUAUGUUCAAAAAAUUUAAUAUUGUUUAUUAUCCUGUAAGAUAAUUUAGGUAUAAAUCCGUCUAUCGGUAAGUUAUUGCUAGUCUUGGGUAUACUUCCACUACUGAAGUAAUGAAAGCGAUGUCCUGUGUUUCAGAUACCAAAGUGAUAAAAGGGCCAUUAAACGGGAAUUGAAUCACGUAAUCUAGUUCAGGUUGAGGAAAUCUCGACUUCCCUUAUAUCUUGAACUGUAGCUUUCAUACUAAGUAAUGUAUCGGGUGUAAAAGUACCUGCGACAUAUCAAAAAAAUCUUUAGACUAUGAUCAUUUUCAACAUUGUAAUUGCAAUUGACAAAGGCCUCCUCUUUUUUAACAGCCUUCAAAAAAAGAUCGUUCUCAGUUUGACCUGUAUGUAUGUUCGUCCGCGAUUAUGUCGCGUUUCGCUGAACCGAUUUUGAUGGGGUUUUCAGGAAAGUGUUGGUUAUACUUUAACCGACUUCAAAAAUGGUGGAUAUCGAUUGAAGGCGGUUCACUUUCUUUUUAUAAAAGUUAUUUAUUUUAUAUUCUGUCAUAGGAAUGAAAAGCAUAUCUGCUUCUCGAGGAUUGAAUUGAAAUUUUAUAUACAUAUUUACGCAUGCUUUCAGCAUAAUUACUUGGUGGGAAUAUAAGUUAUAAUAUAGUUUAUAGGUAUAUAUGUAUAUAUUUAAUAUGGAUUUAUAGUACAUAUGGUAAUAGUAAGUAUGUUUAUUAUACAUUAUUUAUUAUCAACCGCACAAAAGUUUGGCUCUGCGUAACCCAAUGGUAGACUGUUAGAUAAUGCUAUUAGCAUUUAGUCUGCCUUUUGUACUUUAUGAAUUGUUAUUGUAACAAUAAAGAAUAAAUAAAUAAAAAUUAAAAAAUCAAACGCAGUACAUAAUUUGUUUAUUCUCUAUUAUGUAUACCACCGUCUUGUUGCAACGAAUAUUUAAAGUAAAAUUUUUAUAAGUGUGAAACUUGCGAAAAUUGAGAAAUUUUUAUGUUUUCUUGCUAAAAUCUACGAAAUGAUGUAAGUGCAUAUUGAAUUUGAAUUAUUUAUGUGUGUUGAAAAUGAUAGACUAGAUUUUUGCAUUUAGGUAAAUUAAGUUUAUAAGAGUAAGAGUUUUUAUGGGCAUUAUUAUGUAAGUUUUUUUUAUAUAUAGGUAAUAUGUACAAGUAGGUACUAUAAUUAUUUGACUUAGUAUUCAGUGUUCAUAAUUUAUAAGAGAAUAAAAUAUUAAGAUGUAAGUACAAUAUAAAAUAUGUGUAAUAUUGUAUUACAAUCAGACAAAAUUGAUCUUCAAAGCGUAUAUUUUUUUGGCUGUUUCAUAUUUAAUAGCAAUAAUUAUUGAAAGUUAAGAUGAUGUUUUGUCUUAAUGUUACCAAUUGUCUUUUGUUUUUUAGAAGUAUUAAUAUCACGCGGGUAAAGUCACGGACAACAAGCUACUAGAAUUAUGAAAUUUCAAUGACUUUGUAAAUUCAAAUCAAAUCAUCAUUGUAAUGUAAAUUCACGCGUCAUUUAUGAAAAUAGUGUCAAUAUGAUUUGAAAUCAACUAUUUAAUAU